UUAUAUUACUUUUGUGGGAAUAUGAAUUUUUUAAUAAAAAUUUAAGAAAAUAUUUCAAAUGCUAGGAGAUCGAUAUUGGAUGUAUCAUUGUUUAGAUGAUAAUGGCUUUUUUAUUGAUGAAUUCAAAAUUGGCAUGUAGUACUUUCUAGACUAUGUAUUUUUCUAGUCCAAUUCAAAAUUUUGUAGUAAAAAUCACAUUAGGUGUCCAUGUAGGAAAUGUAUGAAUCAAGAAUGGCAUCGAUGCAUUACUGUUCAGUGUCAUUUGAUAGAAAAAGGUUUUAUGAAUGGGUAUCUAGUCUGACUUGCACACAGAGAGCAAUAAGUGUGAAAGUGGCAACUUAAUCAUUGGGGGGAAUUCUCGAGUGUAGCUCCUUUUGUGAUGGAAGAACCAGGUAAUGAUCCAAUUAGAGAGAUGGUUGAGGAUACAAUGAGUUCACAUGGUAUAGAAUAUAAUAUGAAUGAACAAGCCAGUGAUGAGCCAAUCUUUGAAGAGGCAAUGGGAGAUGCAAAGGAAUUUUUUUUAUCUUUAGCAAGCUGUUAAUGCACCACUUUGUCAUGUAUGUGAUGAGGGUGAUCAGUAUUCAAAUGGGUGUCUCAUUUUAUGAAUGCAAAGACACUUUAUAAUAUGAAUUUGGCUAAUUGAGAUUAUAUGUUAAAGUGUAGUAGAAGAUGGAUCAAACCAGAGGAUCAAGAUAAGAUUCCAAAAGAUUUGUACAAUGCUAAAAAGAUGAUGAGGCACUUUAGUCUAUGUUAUAAGAAGUAUGAUGUUUGUGUAAAUAACUGUUUUUUAUAUUA